AUGUUGUUAAUGUAUAGUGCUGGGGUUUAUGCUGAUUGCGCUGAUUUGGAAGUUCGAUUUCUCGCCGUUUAUGAUCCUGGUCAUUGCCAUUCUCAACGACGGCACAAUCAUGACCAUCUCCAAGGACAGAGUGAAGCCAUCCCCACAUCCAGAUAGCUGGAAGCUACUGGAGAUCUUCAUCACCGGCAUCGUCUAUGGUGCCUACCUUGCUGUGUUGACCGUGGUGUUCUUCUUCGCCAUGACUAGCACCGACUUCUUCAGCGAGAAGUUCCACGUGCGUUCGCUAAGGAGCAACAAGGACGCGAUGAUGUCUGCCCUCUACCUUCAAGUGAGCAUCAUCAGCCAGGCCCUCAUCUUGGUCACCCGGUCGCACCGCUGGUGCUUCCAGGAGCGCCCGGGGCUCUGGCUCUGCUUCGCCUUCGUCGUCGCGCAUAUCACAUAUCAGGAUGCAGCGCGGCGGCCGGCCGUCCACCCGCCGCCGCCAUCGCUGCCGCUGAUGACCCCAUUGCGCCGCCCGCCCGUCGUUGGCCUGACCCAUCUCGCUGCAGCCGCCGUCGGCGCGACCACGGGCCCCUAUUUGUCCUCCACCCCAGAUUUGCCCCACCUCGGCCGGUCACCAUCGUGCCGGAGCUGCCUACGAAGAAGCAACGGGCCGCCAAGCCACGCGGUGGAGGCGUAA